AUGGCUUGGGCUAAGGGCUUCUGGAGAAAUGAGGAAACAAGUAUGGAGACAGUGAAGAAGUUCUUGGAGAAAGAAGGUGAAAUGGCGAUGACAAUGGAUGGGCUGCCAGACAAGUUCUUUGAGUCCUCUAUCAUGGAAGGCAUUAAAGUUGAUCUCCUUGAACCCGGUCGUACUAUUUGCUUCUUCAAAGUAACACCCACCACCCUCGUUUACUGA